AUGUCAACAACUACUGUCAUUACGGAGACUAUCGCUCCCCAGAACGUGGCCAUGCGCCUCGACGGACAGGAUCCGAAAUUUGGAGACUUCAGAGAUGACCUGGCGCGUGACGGAUUUGCCGUGGUAAAGGGCGCUAUCCCGAAAGAGCGCGCGCUCAAGUAUGCAGACGAGAUGUAUUCUUGGCUCGAGGGCUUCAACCUUGGCUUCAAACGAGAUGACCCAUCAACUGUCCACAAGGACAAGCUGCCGCUAAUCAGCGAAAAGGGCAUGUGCAUGCAUUAUGGUGUCGCGCACGAGAAAUUCGUCUGGGACGUCCGCAGCGAACCCGGCGUUGUCGACGCCUUCGAAAAGGUCUACAACGACAAAGAUCUCAUCGUCUCCUUUGACGCCAUCAACUUUGGCUUCCCCAACCGCACCGACCUCCCCCCGAACAAGCCCUGGCCCCACCAAGACCAAGACCCCUCCAAGCCCGGCUUCCGCUGCCUCCAAGGUCUCGUCAACCUGCUGCCCAACGGCCCCGAAGAUGGCGGUCUCAUUGUCUGCCGCGGUGCACACCUUCUAUCAGAGGAAUUCCACCGCGACAUGGCCGACGAAGAGCGCAUCCCUGCAUGGACGCCGGAGUGGUACGGGUACACCGAGAACGGGAUGAAGUGGCUCGCAGACCACGGCUGCGAAUGGGUGAAGGUCUGCGCUGAGCCAGGUGAUCUCCUUCUUUGGGACUCGCGCACGCCACACUACAACCUUAGCCCAAAGGGGUCGACGCCGCGAUUCUGUAUCUAUACAUGCUACAUGCCUGUUGCGGACGCGACACAGGAGGACCUUGUUAGGAAGAAGGAAGCAUUUGAGAAUUGGCUUGGCACGACGCACUGGCCGAAUGCGAGGCACACGGGAUCGAACGUUGCGAAGCGAGAUGGCAAGGAGUGCCCAUAUAACCGCUUCAAGCCUGUGCAGGAGCCUGUACUUGGGGAGCGGGCGUACAAGUUGACGGGCAUUCCCUAUCUGAAGAGCCAGGCGUGA